AUGGAUCAAAAUAUACCACUCAACGCUGAGGCCUCUCAAGGCGACACUAACAAGCAGACAACAUCGACGCUUCCCCCAGACGUUGUCCAGUGCCUUGAGAAUGCUCGCUUCCUUCAUCUGGCAACAUGCAACGACAACAUCCCACAAGUAUCACUCAUGAACUACACAUACCUGCCUUCGUCGCCUUACUCCAACUACCCGGUCAUCAUCAUGACCACGAACCCGGCAUCUCGCAAGACUAUCAAUCUUGUCGCAAACCCCAAUGUGUCUCUACUCGUCCACGAUUGGGUUUCUCACCGACCACCUACCCAUGGCCGCCGCCUCUCUGGUGGUUCCCCCGGCCCCGAGCAACGCUCCAGCCUCGCCUCCCUUCUCCUCAACCUCAACACAUCGCAGCUAUCUAGCAUCAGUGCCACCAUAGGAGGUGCCGCCCGUUUGGUGCCCAGCGGGACUGAGGAGGAGCGAUAUUAUCGCCAGCAGCAUCUCGAGAACAACACCUUUGAGGAGGUCGAUAUCCAGCGGAUUCAGCAGGGCAAUGGCAAUGGCGGCAAUGGCCCCGCCCAGGACGGCGGCCGCAAUUGUUUCGUGGCUGGCGAGGAGGUCAGGGUUGUGUCAGUGGAUAUCAGGGAUGUGCGCAUCAGCGAUUGGAAGGGAACCGUGAGAGACUGGGAAAUCGUGCCGACUGAGAACUUGGUUAAUGGCACUAGCUGA